AUGAACAUGCUGCUCGCCCGCUCUCUCUGCCUGCUCCUCCUGCUCAGCUGUCUGAGUGAACCCGUGGAGAGCCGGACCCUCAACCUGAACAGCUGCUCUGUCAGUGUUCACACAACCGAGCUGCGAACCCAUUACACUGACAUCCGAUCUAAUGCUAUAGAAGGAGACAGUGAGAUCGGAGUAAGACUUCUGAACAAAUCGCUGAUGAAACAAGUUCAGGAUGGUCAGAAGUGCUGUUUGCUGCGUCUCGUGCUGCGUUUCUACGUGGAGAGAGUGUUCAGUAACUACGCCUCUUCUCAGCCCCAGCAGCAGCGCCACACCAGCGCUCUGGCCAACUCCUUUGUCAGCAUCAGGAGAGAGAUACAUAAAUGUCACUGCCAAUGUGUCGAGGACACGCAGAGAAAAAUUGACACUGUGCAUGCUGAGUUUAUCAAGCUGGAAAUAAGCCAGGCGGCGAAGAAGGCUGUGGGAGAACUGGACACUGUGCUGGACUGGAUGGAGGGACUCGUCCUGAAAACACGAGCAUAAUCAGACAGAAGCUCAGCAAAAUCCACACUGACGUCCCAGAG